GAUAUUCAUCAAAACCCUGAACUGGGCUUUAUGGAGUCUAGAACUGCAACAAUCGUUGCAAAAGAAUUAAAAUCCUAUGGAUAUCAAACCACUGAGAAAAUUGGUAAAACUGGUGUGGCGGCUGUCAUGAAAAAUGGGGACGGCCCUGUUGUCAUGUACCGCGCAGAUAUGGAUGCAAAUGCAGUCAAAGAGACAACUGGUCUGCCAUAUGCAAGUACAAAAAUAGUGAAAUUAGAGGAUGGAUCUGAAACACCCGUUGCACAUACAUGUGGACAUGACGCUCAUGUGGCGUGGAUGCUAGGCACUGCAAAGUUUUUUGCUGAGCAUAAAAACCUCUGGAAAGGAACGGUCAUAUUUAUUGGGCAACCUGCAGAAGAACCGAUCUUAGGUGCAGAGGCAAUG